ACAAGUAUAUUUACGUCACCCUGAAUGUAUAUUUAUAGUUGGAGCUACUGAUAAAUUACUGCCUAUUAAACCUCCGAUUAGUUUGAUUGGUUUGUUUCUAUUGAAUUUUUUAUACUAAGUUUCUUAAGUCAAAAAAAAAAUGUUUAAAUUUUUUUUAGGCCCAGGUUAUUAUGCAGAAAUUGUCCAAAAAGUUAGUAAUAAAGAACCAAUAGUAUUAGGAAAACCCGGUAAAGAUUUAUGUUAUGUUAUUCAAGAUCAAUUAAAAAUAAAAGAUCCAAAAAGAACAUUAAUGAUUGGUGAUACAUUAGAUCAAGAUGUAGCAUUUGGUAAAUUAUGUGGUUAUCAAACUCUUAUUGUAUUAACAGGGGAUGCAAAAUUAGAAGAUUUUAAAAAACCUGAAAAUGCUGAAAAUCUACCUGAUUAUUAUGCAAAUAGUAUGGCUGAAAUGAAAAUUUUAUUUGAAAAUUUAAAUAAAAUCUAAACAGUAUUUUUGUAUUUAAGUUAAUUUUAUAAAAUAUUUCAGUAUAAAUUGUAAAAUGAAAAUCUG